AUGGGACUGAACCUCUCCUGCCUUGUGGCCUCCGUGCCCGGUGUUGGCCCCCCGCAGGGCUCAGAUACGGUUGAAUCCAUGCUCUCGAAUUAUGACAUCCUUUCUCAGUCUAGUAUCCAACAGCACUCACUGAAGAAGAGGGACCUGCAGCCUGAGACACAUGUAGAGAGACUCCUAAGUUUUUCAGCCCUGCAAAGGCACUUUAAAUUAUACUUAACUGCAACUGCUGAACACUUUUCAGAAAAGUUCCAAGCAUUAAUUGUGGAUGGUGAAGGGAAGGAGAAGGAGUAUCGUGUUCAAUGGCAAGACUUUUUCACUGGACAUGUUGUUGGGGAGCAUAACUCCAAGGUCGUGGCACAUAUUGGGGAUGAAGAUUUUACCGUAAGAAUCAAUACUGAUGGAGAAGAAUACAAUAUAGAGCCACUCUGGAGAUUUAUAGAUAAUGUGCAAGAUGAAAGACUACUGGUCUACAGAUCUGAAGAUAUUAAAGAUUUCUCACGAUUGCAGUCCCCCAAAGUGUGUGGUUAUUUAAAGCUGAACGAAGAAGAACUGUUGCCCAAAGGACUGGAAGACAGAAAGCAAAAUGAAGCAAGCAUCCAUCGAGAGAAAAGAGCCGUUUCGGAGAACUCAAAGAACACGUGCAAGAUGCUGGUGGUGGCAGAUCAUCGCUUCUUCAAGUACAUGGGCCGUGGGGAAGAGAGCACCACUAUAAACUACUUGAUCGAGUUGAUAGACAGAGUAGAUGACAUCUACCGAAAUACUUCGUGGGACAACGGGGCCUUCAAUGGCUAUGGCAUACAGAUAGAGCAGAUCAUCAUCCACAAUGAACCAAACGCUGUAAAACCUGGCGAUAAGCAUUACAACAUGGCAAAAAGUCAUCCAGAUGAGAAGAAAGAUGCCUGGGAUGUGAAAAUGCUGCUAGAGCAAUUUAGUUUUGAUAUCGCUGAGAAAGCAGCUCACGUGUGCCUUGCUCAUCUCUUUACCUAUCAAGAUUUUGAUAUGGGAACACUUGGAUUGGCUUACGUUGGUUCUCCCAGGCCUAACAGCCAUGGUGGCAUUUGUCCAAAAGCUUAUUACAGUCAAAUUGCCAAGAAGGACAUCUAUCUGAACAGUGGCUUAACCAGCACCAAGAACUAUGGGAAAACUAUCCUCACAAAGGAGGCCGACCUGGUUACAACUCACGAGCUUGGACACAACUUUGGAGCAGAGCACGAUCCUGACAGCCUGCCAGAGUGUGCCCCGACCGAAGACCAGGGAGGAAAAUACGUGAUGUAUCCGAUCGCUGUGAGCGGAGACCACGAAAACAACAAGAUGUUCUCAAGCUGCAGCAAAAAAUCCAUCCAUAGGACCCUAGAUUUUUUCAAGGAGCGCAACAACAAGGUGUGUGGGAACUCCCGGGUGGACGAAGGGGAGGAAUGCGACCCCGGCCUCCUGUACCAGCAGGCCGAUCCCUGCUGCUCCGCGGACUGCAAACUCCGGGAUGGCGCCAAGUGCAGUGAUCGAAACAGCCCUUGCUGCAAAGGCUGCCAGUUUGAAAGUGCACAGAAAAAAUGCCAAGAAGCCAUAAAUGCAACUUGUAAAGGAGAGUCUUUUUGCACUGGGAAUAGCAGCGAGUGCCCCCCUCCAGGGAACGCUCCGGAUGACACGGUGUGCGUGGACAUGGGCAAGUGCAAGGAUGGGGAGUGUGUCCCUUUCUGCGAGAGGGAGAAGAACCUGCGGUCGUGCGCGUGCAAUGAGACGGACAACUCGUGCAAGGUGUGCUGCCGGGACGAGCACGAGCGCUGCGUGCCCUACAUCGACGCCAACCAGCAGUUCCUGUUCCUGCGCAAGGGCAAGCCCUGCACCGUGGGCUUCUGCGACAGCAACGGCAAAUGUGAGAAGCAAGUACAGGAUGUGAUUGAACGAUUUUGGGAUUUCAUAGACCAACUUAGCAUCAACACUUUUGGAAAGUUCCUGGCGGACAAUAUAGUGGGCUCGGUGCUCGUCUUCUCCUUGCUCUUCUGGAUUCCUCUCAGCAUCCUCGUGCACUGUGUGGACAAGAAGCUGGACAAGCAGUACGAGGAGAACAACAAGUCUCUGUUUUGCCCCAGUAACGUGGAGAUGCUCAGCAGCCUGGACUCGGCCUCCGUGCGCAUCGUGAAGCCCUUCCCCACGGCGCAGCCCUCGAGCCGCCACCAGCCGCUGCAGCCCGUGGUGGCAGCGCCGGCCGCGGCGGCGGCGCCCAAGCAGGACCACCAGCGGAUGGACACGAUUCAGGAGGACCCCAGCACCGACUCCCAUGUCGACGAGGACACCUUCGAGAAGGACCCGUUCCCAAACAGCAGCUCGGCUGCCAAAUCCUUUGAGGACUUGACAGACCAUCCCGUCACCCGGAGCGAGAAAGCUUCGUCCUUCAAACUGCAGCGCCAGAGCCGGGUGGACAGCAAGGAGACAGAGUGCUAG